AAAUAAAAACCAGUGGUCAGUGUGAGUCUCUGAUGACACACCUUUGAAAUAAAAGCACUUGAGCAGAGCUAAGCUCCUUUUCAAACACUUAUCAGAACCUCUGGAUUUUUGAACACCUUAUUUAAACAUUUUUCCCUUGUAACUUUUCAAGAAAACGCCCAUUUUAUCCACCCAAGAUGAAAAAUCUCCUGUUGAUCAGCGUAGCAUUGAUGGCAAUGAUAGUUACAGGUGAGUCUCUGACCUGUAAGACGUGCAGAGUGGGUUUCAGAGGCAGAUGUGUUUUCACCUCCACUGAGGUCUGCAGCAACUCUCAGCCAAACUGCUACAGUGGAAAAGUGGCCUUCAAUAUCAGUAGUUUGAUGAGCCUGCAGAGUCGAGGCUGCAUGUCUUCAUCUCUCUGCAACAAGACAGAAAAAGGCACCCUCCUGACUGCCGGAUACACCAUCACCAGAGAUUGCUGCAGCACCGACUUCUGUAAUGGAGCUACAUCUGUACAGCCCUGUGCUGCUUUGGUCGCUGCUAUAACAGCUUUUUGGAGCCCAAUGGUCCUUUGAAAACAACAAUAUAUAUAUAUAUGUAUAUAUAUAUACAUAUAUAUAUAUAUACACUUUUCCUCUGACAUUUUAUCUUGUCUUGUUGCUUUCUGUAUCAAUCUUGAUUAAUCUUGUAUGCUCUCCUAUAUCAUAAUGCCCUAUACUGUGUAGAUGAAUAACUUUUAGCUGCAUGAAAUUAACUGAACAAAUAAACAUUGACUAAUUUUAAAUCUGACUUUUCUUGGAGCUGGAAAUUUUGAGGCUGAAUUUGAACUUCUAUAUUGGACCACAGACAUUAAUAAACCAUGAUCAGCCUCAUUCUUGCAUUCUGGUUCACCAGACAUUCAUCACUGUGUCUUUAGACAAUGCACUAUUAAGAGCUUUGUGGUGCUGGAUAACA